AUGGAGUGCAGUGGGCCGUACGCUAACAAGCAGGAUGUGCAAGAGCCGCCUCGAAUAUGCGAUUCGACGAGAUCGUCAAAUGUUUAUGACUUCUUUGGCGAGAGAAGAUUUUUAUGUCUCAUUAAAGCCGGGCUAGUUAAUGAUUCGAACCAUCGGUGCGGCCUAACUAAUGAAGAUUUAAAUCGACGCUGGUCGAAGCCGAACCCAGUUUUGCAUCCCUCUAUCUACCACACAAAGGGUCUCAUCGAAUACCUAGUGAGGGUGUGGAAGAAACCCCCUCUCGUAUACUGCGAUUACCAUGGUCAUUCCCGUAAGAAGAACGUGUUCUUUUACGGGUGCGCGGGCGCAGAGAGCUGGUGUAGCAACGAUCGGCUUGUACAGGACGAACCUGUAAAAUACCUAAUGCUACCAGCCCUGAUGCAUCGGAUAUCCCCUGCCUUCGCUCUGGGCUCGUGUUCCUUUCGCGUGGAGCGAGAACGCGAAAGCACCGCACGCGUCACCGUUUGGCGCCAUCUUGGCGUGACGCGUUCCUACACCAUGGAAGCCUCUUUUUGCGGGUUCGACCGAGGACCUUUUAAGGGAUUCCAUCUGAACACGCAGCAUCUGCAGAGCGUGGGCAGCGACUUUUGCGAGGCGCUCAACGGCCUCAACGAUGGCGCGACCAAUGUCGACAUUCAGCUCACCAAGGAUAUCAAUGGGCGUAUAGCAGAAAUUCACAUGAAAAUCGUAACAGCAAACAGAGAAAUAGCAGUGGACAGCGAAGCGGGUUCCGGAUCUGACAGCGUCCUGAAGACAGACUCCGAUGAAGACUUUGAUUAA